AUGUGGAAGGUUUGGUUGUGUCCAAUGCCUGCCUUUUUGCUCCUAAAUAUCUUGAUCCUCGUUCAGCCAGCUUUGCAGGUAUCAGGUAAGCUCUUCAUCACUUCCAUUCCCAUUAUGAUAUUAACAGUAAGUGGAAGGGCAUCUUUCAUACUGUAGAUUUACCUUUAAAUAAUCUUCUGGAAGAUACUUUUAAAGGGAAAUCCAUUAAGUGUUAGAUGCAAGGAGUGUUAAUUAAACAAUUAAUUUGCUUUUAACAUUGAAAUCAGGUUUAAAUUUUAGUAGAAGAAUGGCUAACAUAAUUUUAAAUGCAAUUUACUACAUGGUUGCAAGAAAGAAUUUGCUUUUUUCCUAUGCAGUAGUCAUAUCCUGCUACUUAUUUUCUUCACAAUAUAAAAAUAAGCUGUAAAUAUAAUAAAUGUGUAAACAAUAACUUUUCAACAAGAAAAAUAUUCAACAUUUCUUUUUCCAUCACUAAAAAGUAUCUGCAUUGUACUCAGUGAUGUCCUCUGCACCAACUCUUUGAUCCAGUGGAGGCUUCCAUGAACAGAGCAGGAAAGGGGCAAUGUUUGCCAUUUCCCACUCCCCCCAAAUGAUGAUAUUUCCUCUACAGCUCUGGAGACGAUUGGGAGAAUAUGUAAGGUUUGCAGGAGUAAGAGGGAAUUGACGAAAUGUUGUGUUUCCUUGCUAAUGUCCCGUUUUUUGCUAAUGGAAAAUACAGCAGGAUCAAAGAGCCUUCCUUCCGAGAGAAGGACACCGCUGGUCACAGCCUCCUGUGCUUUAGCAAAUCUGAAUAGCAUUUAUUCCUCACAAAAGGAAACAACCACAUUGUUAUAAGAAUGUAAAAAAAGCCUGGUGGAUGAGGCCAAAGACCCAUCUAGUCCAGCAUUCUGUUCUCACUGUAGACAACCUGAUGCCUGUGGGAAGCCCACAAGCAGGCACAGAGCACAAACACACGCUCCCUUCCUGAUGCCUAACUGUACUUGAAUACAAGGGAAACAACUUAUUGAAGUGGCUGGAGUUUUAUAAUAUAGAUUAUAGGCUGUUAGCUUAAAUAGCUAUGUUAUUUGUAUCUGUCUAUUUCUAUCCCAACUGUUCAUACCGGUUUCAAUGACUCAAGGAUAGUGUACUUCUCAUGUGUACAUAUUGACUUGUCACCACCAUCAUCAUCAUGAUCUUACCUUGAGAUGAGUUCCUAGCUUAAUAACAAGUGCCUGCAUAUUAUUCACUUUACAAAUAAAACCAAUGGGGAGAGCAAUUAGCAUCAAGGAACUGAUUUGGAGGGAAAGGUUUAGCCCACACCCCUCUGUUCUCCCCUCUCCCCAAUGCUUUUAGAAAAACAAAAAGACAUUGGGAAGAUCCAGUACAAACUCUCAUAUGCCACAUUUAGUUCGUUCCUCAAAAUAUUAAAAAUAAUAUUAACUAUAAUACAAUACAUAUAACUAUAAUAGAAAUGAAAUGUAAAAUAAAAAUAUUCCUAGUGGCUCUGAUGUCUUCUUUAAAAAAUAAUAAUAAUACAGAUUUUUUUAACCAACCACCUUUUAAAAAGCGCAGCAUUCCUUAAACAUAGAUGCUGAGAACACUAAGGUAAUUCACAUAUUAUUCAAAGUAAAAUAAGCUGCAAACUAAUCUGCAAAAAGACAUCAAAAUUGGUGUCUUAGCUAUAUGAACAUAGAAACUUAUUGCCCACGAAUCAAUAAGACAGAGCAGUGGAUAGUGAAAAUUAACUACAGAAUUAACACAAGAGGCAUUUCUCUCUCUCAUCUUUCCAUGUUAUUGCUUCUUAUUAUGAAUCCUGGUAUUAUUCUGUCAGUGGUUGCCAUAAGACUUCCGAGUGAAGGGCAGGUAAUAAAUUAAAAUGAUUAGGAUGAUGUUUGAAGUUAUGUGAAACUUUCCCCACAAUGUUCCUGUUAUUUUGCCUCUUAAUUUUACAGAUAGUGACAGCUUUCUGAUAUAUAAUGAAAACCUCAAGCUUUGUAUUCAGGCUAAGAAAUCUCAAUCCCCCAUCCUGGACUACUGUGAUACAGACAAUGAGGGGCAACAUUUUAAGUGGAUUUCCAAUGACGGGAUUUUGAACAUGGCAGUGAAGUUAUGCCUGGCAGUGCCUUCCAAGUCAGACCAGGCCCAAGUCAUGCUCUCCCCCUGUAAUGAGACCACUGAACUUCAGAAAUGGGAAUGCAGAAAUGACAAGCUCCUUGUACUUGAUCAGGAAGAUUUGUUUUUAAAUCCCGAGGGUGGCCAAAAAAGUCGUCUUAUGCUGUCUAAAGUAGCCACCAGCAAGAGUACCUGGAAGAUCUAUGGAACGAAAGAAAAUUUGUGUUCUAAGCACUAUGAAGGUAAAAUUCAGAGAAGUUCUCCCUUUUUCUAUAUGAUCACUUCUUUAGACAUAGCUGGUUGUGUCCUGCUUCAAGCAUGGUGAAUCCCUUGCAUUUGGGGGCCAAAACAGGCAUAAUAAUAAUCACAUAAUUUCGAAUUAUUUCAGGAAACAACCCAAACUUGAUAGCAGGCAUGGGAGUCCAGUUUCCACCAGGACCUCAAUAAAUGGAAAAGGCCUCUCUAAUUCCAUGCACGGCCAUGAAAAAUCUCUCUCUCUUUCUUACACCCACAUCCACACUCUUUCUAUUAGAAAGAAACUGCUUCUGAAAUGAAUACCAACUUCCUCUUUUCUUUAAAUGUUCAAAAUUAUUUCAGCAUAACAUCUAUCCAUUUUUCUUUUAGCUCUGUAUACCUUAAGGGGCAAUGCCCAAGGAGCCCCCUGUGUAUUUCCAUUCAAGUAUCAGGAUAAAUUGUAUGCUCAAUGCAUAAGAGAUGGUGAUGAACAUGGUCAACUUUGGUGUGGAACAACUGCAGAUGUGGAUAGAGACUCUUUAACUGGAUAUUGUCCAAUAAAAGGUAAGCACUUAGCAAUGUUUUUUUAAAGCCCAUACAGUGGUGCCUCGCAAGACGAAAUUAAUCCGUUCUGCGAGUCUCUUCGUCUUGCGGUUUUUUCGUCUUGCGAAGCACGGCUAUUAGCGGCUUAGCGGCUAUUAACGGCUUAGCGGCUUUAAGAAAAAGGAAACAAACUCGCAAGACAUUUCGUCUUGCGAAGCAAGCCCAUAGGGAAAUUCGUCUUGCGGAACGACUCAAAAAACGCAAAACCCUUUCGUCUAGCGACUUUUUCGUCUUGCGAGGCAUUCGUCUUGCGGGGCACCACUGUACUAUUCCACCAUAUAUUUGCUGCUUAGAGGAAGGUUUCCCAUACAAAAAGGGAAGCUUUUGUUAUUGCCUCUGCUUUACAGAUUGUGCAGCUAAAGCAGGAAAGGGAGGGGGUUACCCUGUGAAUAAGAACAAAAGGAAUUGUCAAUGAUGUCAGGGCCCCCUACAGGAUCAGGCUUACAGCUGAAAGGGAGAGGUAUAAGGAAGUAGCUCAGUUUGAGCCAAAAUCAAGGUCUAGAGCAGAGAGAGAUAGGGAGCUGCUAGAUACAGGAUGCAGACAAAUUUUGUCUGGGAUUUUGGUCUCAUUACAGCCAUCAGCUGUUCAACUGGGAGCAGCUGACGGAGGCUGGGGUUUGAUGUUGUACAAGGUUACAAUUGCAAGUCCUUCCCCUGUGGUAAGAAGAUCAAAGCAGAGAGGGAAAUGUCAUAAAAGUCUUCUGCUCCUGUGCAUUUUUCAAUUACAUACUUGAAAUUUUCAGGAUGCACUUAUAUAUUGAAGUUUGAGCCUUUGGAAGGGUAAGACAUGGCUUGCAGUUCAUCCGUGCAUUGACCUUGUUUGCAUUGUUUUGCUGAAAUUAUUGAGUGAUUUUUGUUUGCAAGUACAGGACAGAGAAGGACGUGGGUGGCGCUGUGGUCUAAACCACAGAGCCUAGGGCUUGCCGAUCAGAAGGUCGGUGGUUCGAAUCCCCGUGACGGGGUGAGCUCCCGUUGCUCGGUCCCUGCUCCUGCCAACCUAGCAGUUCGAAAGCACAUCAAAAGUGCAAGUAGAUAAAUAGGUACUGCUCUGGCAGGAAGGUAAACGGUGUUUCCGUGCGCUGCUCUGGUUCUCCAGAAGUGGCUUAGUCAUGCUGGCCACAUGACCCGGGAGCUGUAUGCCGGCUCCCUCGGCCAAUAAAGCGAGAUGAGCGCUGCAACCCCAGAGUCAUCCACGACUGGACCUAAUGGUAAGGGGUCCCUUUACCUUUACCUUUUACAAGACAGAGAAAGGGUAACAGAAAUGGUGUGCUGUUGUUUUUAUUAGUGAGCUGUUUCCGCUUUAGGUCAAAUAGUCCAUGGAGGAAAUGCAUGUACAAUUUGGAGUGGGUAAUAAUUAAAUAUAUGCCUCUGUUAUGUAUAUGUGUGAUUGUGCAAUGACACUUCCAGCAUCCCCGCAGGGUAGACUUGUAUUUUGAAAGUGAUUCACUGAUAUGGAUGGGGGCACAAAGCAAGGCAGCUGUGAAGGGGGGGGGGUACCCUGGGUUUGUACCAGUCACACAGGUUAAUGCAAUUCAAUGCAUUAGGUGUGGAUGUUUACAGGGGGAAAGUCAACUCAUAGAAACUUUCCUGGAACUUGGAAGUCCUGAUUGCACAUGGGGUUCCAAGUCCUGGGGUACAUAGUGAGUUAUUUAUGUGUAGAUUUCCCCCCUGCAGAUAUCCACACCUUAUGUAUUAACACCGAAGAUGGGACUGGGGAAGCCAUCAGUUAAUGGUGGACUGCCAGCAAUACUGUCUUUUGAUCACAUAAACUUCUGUGUUUCACCAUUCUGCUUUGUGUAUUCUUUGGGAAAGUGGUUCCCAGAUUAUUAAAGACUUGAGCAUAUCCAGCUUCUAAAUUUUCUUCACCAUUGGUGAUUUGAUGAUUUGACACUCGUUAACAAUGAUUACAGAUGACCAUGAUGAAUUAUUCUGGACCAGAAACCACUGGACCGGGGACUUCUAUCAGAUCAAUUCUGACUCAGCUCUAACAUGGUACCAAGCAAGAAAAAGUUGUCAGCAACAGAAUGCAGAAUUACUGAGCAUCACUGAUUUACAGGAACAAGUGUAUGUGACAGGUAGGACAUAACAAGGCAUAUUUAAAGAAGUGAUCAGUUUAUUAGGAUAUUCUGUUAAUUAAUAUUGUCUCAACUAGAAAUAGCAUUUUCAAAAUGAUAAUAUUAGAUGUACCCUCCCAUCACCCAAAGAAUUAAUUUAGAUUCAGUCAUUUUCAGACCAUUUCAGUAUGAAAUAUUCAUUGCAUCUCAGGUUACCAAUCUUUUGCCGGUCCUCUGUGUCUUUAACAACUGUAAGAGAAGCAGAAAUUCAUUGGCUGAAGCUGAUGAAGCAUUGCAUCUAUAAGCUGAGUGAAAGGCUUCAGUUGAAGAAUUUCUGAUUGAUAUCCAGCUCUACCAGUAGAAAAAGCUGACUACUCUAGUAAUGUUGGGAUGAGCAUGUUUGGUUUUUGCUCCCAUGACCCUAGCUUCAUAAAUAUAAACUUCCUAGCUUCAUAAUGCAAUCUAAUUGAUUUUCUUUUCCUUAAAUAGGAUUAACAAGUUGUAUGCCUACUGAUCUGUGGAUUGGGCUGAACAGUUUAGAUGAUGAGAGUGGAUGGCAGUGGAUGGGCAACUAUCCUUUAAGAUAUUUAAAUUGGGCUCCAGGUGAGUGAACAUCUAUGUGCCAACAAGGUGCCAACAAUUCAAUCACAUAUGCUAAUUGCAUGAAGGGAUUUACAGUAGAUUAGAAGAUCCAGAGUUUAUACUACAUAAAAUACAUCAAUUUAAACAGGUUUAAUGAUAAACCAAAUAUAAUGUAUUGCUAUUUUUCUUGAUGCUUUGCUAUAGCUGCUUGGAUCAUCAUUGAGAACAUCUGCCAUUUUCUCUCCACUCAGUUACCUCUUUUUUAAUAGGAACCUUUUGAUUUAUUAUUUAAAUUUGUAUGCUGCAUUCCCUAUAAACAUGCUCAAAGUGGCUACAACAGAGCGAUGAAAAUGCAAAUCAAUUGUUACAAUAAUUCAGCAUAACAUAAUUCAGCAAUCCAACAAAUAACUCAAUUUGAUUUUCAAAGAGCUCUCUAGAAGGCAUGGAUGUUAAAAUCCCCUAGGACAACCAGAUGAGGUGUCUCCAAGGAGAACAUCCACCAUGACCUGAAGCAGCUUCGGCAGGGAAUUCUUGGUGCAACAGGGAGGUUGGUACACCAGUAGGAAUCCUAUUGCCCAGCUUCCAGAUCAUGCACUCAGAAAACGGGGUCUCCCCAGUAGGACACCCUGGUGCAAGCCAGUGACUUCCUAAAAAUCACUGGAAAUACCCCACCCCCCCAAUGAUUUGGGUUGCUGUAAGAAAAACCUGGCAGACAAGCAGUGGCAAAAACAGGCCCAUCUGCCACGUCUAAUCAAGUUUCUGUUACACAUGCCAGGUCAAUUCCUCCAUCCACAAACAAGUCAUGGAUGGCAAUAGAUUGAAGUAUAUGUGUAAUAGGGCUUUUUUCGGUGGUGGCUCCACAAUUUUGGAAUUCAAUUCCUGUAGAAAUUAGACAGACCCUCUUUUCUCACACUUUUAAAGAGGCUUUUCCAUAAGUUGUUGAUAGUCGUGGGACAGGACAGAUGAGGGCAGUUACUGGGGAAUGGCUAAUUUAUUAUUUUUUUAUGCUGGUGAAUUUAAACUUUAUCAUUGCUGACUAUAUAUUAAAAAGUGUUUUAUGGAAAUGGCUUAGUACUAUUAAAAUAAUGUUGCAAUGUUAACAUAGCUUAACAUAGGCAAUUAUCACCUGUCUCACUCUUUCUUAAAGGCAGCCCAACUCCAGAAACAGAAAAAAUAUGUGGAUCGAUGCUGUCUAAGGUUGGCAAAUGGGAGAAUAAUAAGUGUCAAGAGAAACUUGGAUACAUUUGCAAAAAAGCAAACUCUUCAUUAGAUGCUUCUGUUAUUCCUUCAGGUAGGACGAUAAACUGGGAAUGAAGCUUCCCUAAAUAUCAUUAUAUCAUGAUUUAUGGAGGGUGACAUUGUCCAUAUUUAUACAGUAAUGCAGUUUUGCUGUUUGUAGUGGCAUAUGUAAUGGGAAACAUUUUAUUGGAUUGAGAUGGCUGAGAGUAUUUUGACAGUAGCUAAUAAUAGGUUAUCAAUCAAUAAAGACUGCAGGCAUGGUCUAAAUGCAUGUGCUUCAGAAACUUUACUAGGCUGGUCUAGGUCUGGUCAGUACCUGGGUAGUAGAUUUUCUAGAAUUCCAUGAAAUAAAGGUGGGAUUUAAAUGUAAGGAAGAAAUAUCUCAGAACAGCUGAACUUUGAACUAGUUAGAGAAUGAGGGUGACCUUCCUGGAAGCCACCUCCUCAGGAGGUUUGGCCACCUGUGGUAUUGAUGCACCCCCUCCUUGAGUGCCACUGAACAGGACUUGGAAGUGCAGCUGAUGCUAGUGGCUUCCUUGUGACCUGUCUCAAUUCAACCCUGUCCAAGGGUGAGGGACUCCCUGGAGUUGGCAAAUAUAAAUCUGGUGGCCCCAGUAAAGGGGUGCUCUGAAGUAUGUUCACAGAUCAGGCUUGUCUCUAUCCCAAAUUCUGUCACUGAGAAUAGAUAAUUUAUAAGGACUGGUGGGGGGCAUUGAGCAGGUUGCCUUCAACAAGGGAGAUAAGGAGCGUUUCCAUCUAUGACUGCCACUGUGCACCAAACCCACAUUCUCUCAGGUCAAAAAAUGUACAGUAUAUGACUACAAGAAUUGUUUGUUAACUUAUUGACAAUAAUAUAAUCAUAUGAGAGGAUGGGUUACCCUCUUUUGUUAAUAUCAAUUGCCAGAUUUGCAUCUACUAAAUUCUGUAUUGAGUCAAUGACAUCAUAAUGGCACAUAAAUUAUUAUUUUUUAAAAACUCCAUCUAGUCAUGCUAUCUUACAAAGGACUGUUUUCUUUUUAGAUGGAUUUCAGUCAAUUAGCUGUCCGGAUGGCUGGGUUGCAUAUGCAGGUCACUGUUACCACCUUAGCAGAGACCCCAAGACAUGGAAGAGUGCCCUAUCAUCCUGUCGGGAGGAAGGUGGUGAUUUAAUAAGUAUACACCACAUUGAAGAAUACAGCUUUGUCAUAUCUCAGCUUGGCUACCGUAAGUACAUCUAGGAAAUUUGGUUCUCCUGGUAUCUGAUAUAUAUGUGAGAUUAAGAAAGAGGGUAUUUUGUGUUGCUUUUUUGUUACACAUGCAAAGAUGGAAUGUUACUGAGGUCUCUGUCCUGUUGAAAAAUACAUGAAGAUAAACAGGUCAAACAUGAGAUGACAUGGACUAUUAUCGCUUUCAACAACCUGGUUCAGUCGCAUCAACCCCAGCCAAUAUAAUCAAUUGUCAGGGAUGUUGAGAGGUAUAGUUUAAAACAUGUGGAGAGCACAAGGUUAGAUUAUCCUUAGUUGUAGUGCUGCAUUUGAAGACUGACAUUCUCCAAUAAGCUGUUUAGCUAGCUGCACACUGACAUGUCUAUUUGAAUUACAGUUGUGAAUUUUAUCUUAUUUCCACAUCUAUGUACCAUAGAACUGUUUGUGAUAGGAUCCCGUUCAAUACCUGGACUCUUUGUACCUAAAGCGUGAGAGCAAAUUAAUUAGGUGCCUUUAUGUUCUUAGAGCCAACAGAUCUUCUAUGGAUAGGACUGAAUGACCAGAAGACUCAGAUGUAUUAUGAAUGGAGUGAUGGUACUAAAGUGACAUUCACCAAGUGGCAGAAAGGAAAACCCACACAAAUAAAUGAUGUCCAGAAUGAAUGUGUCAUCAUGAAUGGGGAGGUAAAAAUAUGGAACUUCCAGUAGAGAUAUAUUGGUCUUGAACUGACUUUUUGGGUGAAAUAUUGAGAGUCAGUCUGGCAAACUGAAUGCCAAACCCUCAAUUUUUAGAAUAGUUGAAAAAUCAAUUCCCAGGCAAUUCUGGGAACUGAAGCUCUGUUAGGUCUCCUAACAACUCUCAGCACUCUUAGCAAACUACAGUUCCCAGGGUUCUUUAGAUGAAGCCAUGACUGUUUAAUACUGCUUAAUGCGGCUUAUGUAAAGGUUAAAGGUAAAGGGACCCCUGACCAUUAGGUCCAGUCGUGGCUGACUCUGGGGUUGCGGCGCUCAUCUCGCUUUAUUGGCCGAGGGAGCCAGCAUACAGUUUCCGGGUCAUGUGGCCAGCAUAACUAAGCUGUUUCUGGAGAACCAGAGCAGCGCACAGAAACGCCGUUUACCUUCCCACCAGAGCGGUACCUAUUUAUCUACUUGCACUUUGACAUGCUUUCGAACUGCUAGGUUGGCAGGAGCAGGGACCGAGCAACAGGAGCUCACCCCGUCGCAGGGAUUCGAACCGCCGACCUUCUGAUCGGCAAGUCCUGGGCUCUGUGGUUUAAUCCACAGUGCCACCCGCAUCCCAAUGCUGCUUAUGAUACCCCUUUAAAUUUAUAGUGCCAGGUAAGUGGCAAUGCUAGUGUCAGGAGGGGAAGCUCUGCAAAACUACGCAGCACACCAUUCACUCCUAUUGAGAAAUAAGUGUAUGGACGCGGGUGGCACUGUGGGUUAAACCACAGAGCCUAGGGCUUGCUGAUCAGAAGGUCGGCGGUUUGAAUCCCCAUGACGGGGUGAGCUCCCGUUGCUCAGUCCCUGCUCCUGCCAACCUAGCAGUUUAAAAGCACAAAGUGCAAGUAGAUAAAUAGGUACUGCUCCGGCGGGAAGGUAAGCAGUGUUUCCGUGCACUCCUCUGGUUUGCCAGAAGCAGCUUAGUCAUGCUGGCCACAUGACUUGGAAGCUGUAUGCCGGCUCCCUCGGCCAGUAAAGUGAGAUGAGCGCCACAACCCCAGAGUCGUCCGCGACUGGACCUAACGGUCAGGGGUCCCUUUACCUUUACAUUCUGUUAGAACACAGAAAUAGUGUACAAUAUGGUACUACAUGCAGAAUUCUUUUUCCUGAAAAUCUCAUCUUCCUUUUUUAAAAAAAACAUUUUCAGCUGAUCAUAGUUACACCAUUGCUUGUGUGGGAAUUUUCUCUUAAAAUCUCAGAAGCCAAACAUGUGGCUCAGUAAGACUUAAAGUCUUUGGUAGUGAUGCUUCAGUUCUUUGAUAGUGAAUGCUCUUUAUCAUAGUUAUAGAAAAACCGAAAUAAACUAUGCAAAGUAAAACCAUAACGCAGAACAAAUUUUGCAAACUAAAAGAAUUUACAUACUAUACAAAGACUGCAGAAUUUUAAAUAAUGCUUUUUAAAAAACAAAAUAAUUCAAUCCCAAACUUCUAUAUUUGAAAAUCUUACAUCAGUGGGAACUGGACCAGCUCAGCCUUAAGUUUUCGAAUUAAGAUGACCACUUAUGUUUGAAUGCGACCAUUUCUUGCAACCAGAAACCCUGUUUUGUUUAUCAUUAACAAGCACAGUAUUUCUCAGUAGAAUAGUUCAUUAGUUUUGGUUGUAGAUAUCAAGGAAGAAACCAAGCAUCAAGAAAAUGAGAAAAUGUAAAGAUAGUGAAUCAUCUUUCACCAAUAUUUAUGUUUCUUCAUCCAGGGUGGAUACUGGGCAGAUUAUUUCUGUGAAGUGGAACUUGGUUACAUCUGUAAAAGAAAACCUUCAGGAGUUCUUCCUGAAGAACCUGAAAUUGCUGAUUCAAAUUGCCAGAGAGUAAGUCUGAAGUGGUUUAAAAAGUUAAAUGCACAUAUAUGUCUAUCAUUUAUGUUCUCUACCAGGGUUUUAAAGCUAAUUAAUAGUUGAAAUUUCUCAGCAGCAACUUGUGACCAUAAGAGUGUGGACAUGAUGGCUUGCUCAGAUCCAUCAAUGAGGGACUCCUGUAGGGGGCACAAGCAGAGGGAAAAUUAAUAGAUAAAAUUACGGGAAUUCCUGAAUUCUAGUUGCUGGGAUCUGCCGGAGGGAAGAGUACUCUUGUACUCAGCUCUCAUUUUCAGGUUUCCUAGAGGCAUCUGGUUGACUAUUGUGAGAACAGGAUGCUGGGCUAGGUGGGUCACUUUAAUCAGUUUCCCUUGGAAUCUAGUUCUGUAUUAUAGCUAAUAAAUGUGAUAGAGCUCUGAUGUGCUCAUGGAGGUAUGUGCUCACAGGGGCAAUGUAAUUCCUUUAUUGGAUUCAGAUUUUUGAAUUUGGGAAUUCUUCGUUGAAUACAUGGAACAUUUCCUGAUUCAGAGAAAAGUACAAGUAUACAUUGGAAGGUCUUCAUCAUCCAUUCAGCAAUUUAUGCAUUUCAAUGUUUAGAUUCAAAUUUAUUCCUUAGCUAGCAGGAUUGCUCUGUUUGUUUGUUUUUUUAAUUUCACACAACUGUGUUUUCCCAAAGAGCAAAAUAUAAUAGAGAUGGGCAAAAUUGCUGGUGAUGCAACUCAGUGGCAAACAUUUGCUGAAGGCCUCAGAUUCAAUCCCUGACAUUUCCAGUGAAAAGGGAAGUUGGUAAUACUGAAGACCUGCUGCUAUUCAGAGUAGACAAUACUGAAGGAGAUUACAUUCUGACUCUGUUUAAGACAGUCUUGUAUGUUUUACUCCAGAACCAGAAGAAAUCAGACUCAUCUGCUUUACACCAGACUAUUCCCCAUAAUCUGCUUUAGAUGUUAUAUUGAUAGUCUGGGCUCAAAAAGGAAUUGUCAAAUGGUCAAAGUACUGUGAACUGCCCUGAUACCUUAUGAUCAAGGGCAGUAUAUAAAUCUAAUAAUUAAUAAUAAUAAGCAUUAAUUAUUAUGCUGGGAUAAAGACUCUUGCAUCAUUUCAGAGGGUGACAUUACUGACCCAGGCAACAUAUAGGACAUUUCUGUGCAACUUCUGUGGCGCCUCAUGAUGGACAGAGAUUCCCAUUUUAGUACAUAUUCAGCAGCGUAAUUUGAAAAACCUCAUUGUCUCCAACCUAAUAUUGUAGUAAUGUGGUUGUUGGUUCUUUUAUAUCAACAGGGCUGGAAAAGGCACGGUAUCUAUUGUUAUUUAAUUGGACAAACAUCUCUAACAUUUUCAGAAGCAAAAAUGUUCUGUGAAACAAAUAAGGGAUCUUUAACUUCUGUGGAGAACAGGUAUGAAAAAGAAUUUCCUUAGAUCAAGAAUGAAGAAACGAGCAUUUUAAAUAUUGAUAAACUACAAAAUAGCUAUAUUUCUCAAUAUUCCAACUGAAAAAUAAUUGGUCUUGAUAUUCAGAGGGCAUUCUUCACUCCACUUUCCCCACUUCCUGGCCAUGAAAGAAAAAAGAUGAUUUUGUUAUGGCUAUCUGCUCAAUUAGUUUUAUUUUUAAAAUUUAUGCACAGCUUUCUUACUCUUGCUUGUGUCCAUCUAAAUGUCACUCAGACUAGACCUGUUGACAUUAAUGGACCUAAGUCAGCCACGUUCAUUAUUUUUUAUGUGUCUACACUAAAUAGAAUGAACAUUGGAUACAAGCUUAUGAGUGUUAUGUGGGUGAAAAGUACAAUGGUUACAAUUGUUAGAGGCCUAAUUCUUUGGCCACAUAAUACAUAUUAAGAGUUGAACCACAGUCUGUGACUAAGGUACUUUCUUGAAUGAUCUGCUCAGCAUUUCUUGUGAACUUCCUAUUAGAUUUGCAAUCUGUGGCCUUACUGAUUUCCUUGAUCAUGAAUCUCAAUUUGCUCGUCAGGGAUUUACUGGUUGUCCUUAUGAAUAUAAGACGCUUAGCUUGAAUGAUUUUUCUAUCUCAAAUGAUUUUUCUAUCUCAAAUGAUUUUUCUAUCUCAAAUGAUUUUUCUAUCUCAAAUGGGUGCAUGUUUUCUAAUAUAUCUUCUAAACCCAUUGAUGAUUUCCUGUAUAUAUGUAUUUUGCUGUUUUAUAUGUGUGUAGUCUGAACAGAGAAUCAUGUGCCUCAGUUACCUACUCUGGAUGCACUUGUAAUUCUUUUGUCAGACUUUUGACAGACCUGUAGAUGAUGCUGGUAGACACAAAAUGUAGAUGUAUUCCUCAGUAAAAAUUGACCUGAAGGCAUGGCUGUGUGUUGUUGUUUUAACCUUUUACUUUUGAUAGCAUUCUGGUCACUUUCCCCAGUUGGUUCAAUAAUGUUUACAUCUUGCAGCAGGUUCUGGCCACCACCUAAGAUUAAAGCUAUCUACACACCAUACAUUUCAAGUACAUCUUCCCCCACUCCCAAGAAUCCUGGGAACUGUAGUUUAUUAAGUGUGCUUGGAAUUGUAGCUCUGUGAAGGGUAAACUAUACUUCUCAGUUUUAUUAAGAGCAUUGUUUUCUAUAUAUGGUGUGUAAGCAGCCUAAGUCGGGGCUGAGAGCCCUCUGGUUAGUUCCGUGACUAGCUGCCCUCGGUCACAGUCACUGAGGAUAUCUAGAACAUUUACCUCUUUGUUGUGAUUAGAACACACAUGCACCCAAUCUGUGAGAGUGUUGAAGCCACCUAUUUUUCUAGCAUUCCCUCUUUUGAAUGCCUCCUUGAUCUCAGUCUCCAUCUGAAGAUCUCCCUGAGCACUUUUAGCAGGAGGACAAUAGCAUAUCCCCUGUACUAAAUUACUCAUCAGACUUAGUAUUGUUACCUACAAAACGACUCUGUGGUGGAGUCUAACCCUUCAUGGUUUUCCAGCGUGUUGGCUUCUAUGUCUUCUCUGAUAUACAGAGUGAUACCACCUUAACUAUGCCCUGGGAAUAAUAAUAAUAAUAAUAAUAAUAAUAAUAAUAAUAAUAAAUGCACAUCAACUCCACUAUGUCCUGAAAAUUAACUUCUUUUUUAAAAAAGAAGCACUCACUUUUAAUGCACUUAUUACUUAUUUUUUUUGCAGGUAUGAACAAGCCUACCUGACUAGCCUAGUUGGGCUUCAUUCUGAAAAAUAUCUCUGGAUCGGUCUUUCAGAUGUACAGCAACCAGGGACAUUUAUCUGGACCAGUGGAGACAGUGCUCUGUUCACCCACUGGAAUUCAGAAAUGCCUGGUAGGUACUUCCUGAAGCCUAACUGGAGUAAUAUUUCACAAGGGGCUUCUACAUUGUCAUUAUUAGUAGUAGUUUUACACAUAUGAACAGAUACUCAAUUGGACUGGCGAUUGUAUCUCCAAAAGGGCAACAUUCUGGCUGUGUUGCCAUGAGAACUGGGACUGCAGCUGGAUUGUGGGAUGUUGUGAACUGUGAGGAGAAGGCAACCUUCAUCUGCAAACAAUGGGCUGAAGAUGUGACAACAACUCCUGCCCCCAAACCAACUCCUCUGCAGCCGUGCCCAGUAGGAUGGCGUCCAAGCAGUACUAGAAAUGUGUGCUUUAAGGUAGGUAUAGCGUUUCUUGUGUCUAAGUUCUUGUUUGCUUAAAUAGCAAGGCAAAGGUAGACAUGCAAGCCAUCUGAGAGUGUGGUUUUAGUUUAAAUAUAAAUGUUCAAUGGAUUUUUUUAAUUGUGAUUCAUUUUAUUGUGUAGUUUAGUUCAAUGUUUUGAACGUUAGUUUAUUUGAAAUGUCAACUUCAAAAUUGAUCUUUAGCUGGUUUGCUGUAGAUCAGAAUAGAUUUCUGCUGUAGAUCAGAAUGGAUUUCUGCCUCCCCACUGUUUAGCAACAAAAUGACUCCCCCUUCCUUGGCUGCCCUAUUUAUACUACUACUGAUAUGAAGAAAGCUUAGAUUUUUGUGUGGAAAUGCUGUGAAUCUCAUUCAAUUCUGGGCUCAGAAUUUUUCUGUUGGUGGUUUAACAUAUUGUAGCUGCAUAUUUAUUUCUGUUUUACUGAUCCUUUUUGUUGCGGCUCUCAUAUUUUGUGUGACCAUUCAUAAUUCUUGUCUCCUAUUUUUCAACAUUAACCUAAAAUUGUUCAAUAAGAUCAGUUUCAAACUGGCCUGUGAAAGAUAAUUCCACAUUGACAGUAGCCCAGUAAAACAGCUCUGGGCUUAAGGGAGGGAGAGGAAAGGGUACCCAGGGCCCAGAGAUUUGCAGCUGUGCUGGCUUAAUUAGAUAAUUCUGGAUUAUAUUUAUGGAGUCAUUAUCCAGAAGGAAUAUUAUUGAUGGUGUUUUGCAACUUUUGUCACCUGUUAAGUAGAGCACAAACCAACCAAAUUCAAACCAACCAAAAAUGUUUGUUGUAUAUUCUGUUGAAUCUUAAAAUUUGUGACACUACAGCCUGAGGAACUGGAGAAAAAUUCUACACAUCUUUCAGAUAAUUUUAAGAUAAUUUUCCUUGUGAAUUGGGAUUGGGAGGGGAUCCUUCAAAUUUACUUUUUGAAAUGAGUUUGAAAUAUUCAGUUACCGUAAUAAUAAUAAUAAUAAUAAUUAAAUGAGGCUUACAACAAAAACAGUGCAACUAAUUCUCAAUGAAGGCUGCAUAGCUAUCCAGAUCUUUUGUAUCCUGACAGUGACAGAAUCUUUAAAAAAGGUUCAGCAAACUGGUGUUGAUCAUACUGUUAGGGAUGCCAUAUUUCAAGAUCCAGAACAAAGUGCCACCUUUUGGAAAUUCCCCCCAGACGUAUGGCAGCCCAACAUACGUACUGUAGAUGCUCUUCUAAGGUAUGGCAGUAAAGCCACCUAGCAUUAUUUUCUAACAAGUGUGCAUAAGUAAGGUAAGGUGCUGGCCUCACAUUCACCUUUGGCCAGUCUCCGUCAGGUCGCUAAGGCCAGGCCCCUUGGCGCAGUGUAAGGAGGCACCUCUCUUUGGGGUGGGGUAGUUCAGAGACCAGGGGCGGCAGCAGCAGGUUCCCAGAGGACUUCCGAGGGAAGAGGAGGCUGAAGGAACACUCCACAAGGAAGGGUGUCCGAAAAAGGUUGAGAGGAUGCCAGUGCUAUAGGCAAGGGGUGACACAACUGUGUUUCUAAGCCCCACAGAAACAAUGUUGUUGGUCAAGGGAGCCGUGGACUCCAAAAGGUUGAACUCUUCAGGUGUAAAUACAUUCAAUUAUGCUAUGUCUGCCUUGCCCUUAGCUGCUUUCCUUAUCUGUGAAAUGGGAACUCAUGCAAACCAUACUCUGAAAGAGAUUAUUUGAUAGUCCCACAUUUUAUAUUACAACUAGCAUAGAAAUAUGUUAUUUGUCUUCAGGAAAAGAAAGAAAGAGCAAGUAGGAAUUUCAUAAGGAAUGCUCACCAGAUUUAUCCUAGGGAUGAUUCACACACAGGACUGGCCCACCCAUGAGGCAAAGUGAGGCAACCACCUCAGGUGGCAGUAUCCCUGGUGGGGAGAGGGAUACUAUUUCAUGGUUGCCUUAGGUGCCAAAAUGUUAUGGGACAGCCCUUGUCACAUAUCUCUAGUUGUAGCAGAAUGAAUGAAGCUCACACUUUAAAGCUCCUUUCUUUUCUAUAACAUGAAUAAAUUGUUGGUAUGUAAUAAAGACAGAACAGGGUACUGGCCUGGUACUGGUUAGUGGUCAAGAGCAAAAGUAGUAGAAUCUGAUGCAGAAUAUGAAAUUGGAGUCUGAAUUCAAAAGGUUAUCAGGCUAUGAAUCCUGGGUGCAAACAAAGAAGGAAAUUAGCAAUAUUUAGAGGGAGGGAGUGUUAUGUAUUAAAAGCUGGUGCUUAUUAUCAGUGUUUAAUUAUGUUUUAUGCAUUAGGCCUAUGCGAAAAACAAAAGUAAUAAGAAAUCUUGGUUUGAAGCACGAGAGUUUUGUAGAGCAGUUGGAGGAGAACUCAUUUCUAUUCACAGUGAAGAAGAACAGAAGAUUCUAGAAGAGAUGUGAGUUUGUUUGUUUUUAAUCCUUCCUGCUCAGAAUGGCACACCUGUUCCAGAAAUUUGAUAAUGUAACAAGCUUUAAAUGAAUGAACUGAUGAUACACAUGUAUAAUAUUUUUCUAGAGAAUAUAAAAGUAGUGAAUGCAAAUUUAAAAACUCAGAUGUUUGAAAUCCUUAGGCAAAAGAUUUAUACGAUCUGAAGAGAAACCAGAGUAUCAGAUUUAUGAAAUCCAUUCCUUUGUUGAAUUUUUCUAGACUCUGUUUCACUAUUUUUUUAUAUAUUUUAGGUGUUCCAAUGACAAUUAUUGGAUUGGUUUGAAUAAUGUGGAUCCUGAUAAAGGAUUUACUUGGAGUGAUGGAUCUAAUGUAAGUAAAAGGGUAAUGCUGAUGUAUUGAUAGCAAAGUUAUUAUUAGUUUUACAAAAAAUGUCUUUAAGCUUGGCGUACACACCCUCUUGUUCUCAUAUUUACAUUGGACAGAUCACAUAGCAGCGUUUUAAAACCUUUAGUAAUUGAAAUAUCCAGCAAUGAAGUCUUUAAACAUAUUACUUGUAUGCAAUCUACAAGAUUUGCUUGAAAUUACUUAUUGAUAUACAAAAAUACAUGCCCAUUACAAAGUAUCAUUUUAUAAUUUACUGAUAUAAAACAGCCACUUAAUCUAAAAAAGAACAUAGGCAGAAUGAAGAAAAGACAAAAAAGGGAAAACCUAAAGAAACAGAAAGCAAGAGAGGAGAAAGAGAGAGAAAUGUUCAGAGAAAGAUAAAAAAGAAUAAAAGGACUUCUGGAUCUCUAUCUUGCAGCUAAAUAUAGUAUUCAUUCCUUAAAAUCUAACAAUUCUAUCUUCUCUAAAAACAAUAUUUUUUCCAUCUUCAAAUCCUCCAGUUCAGUUACUCUUUCACGUAAAAAUUCUGCAUGCAGAAAAAUCAGUGCAGCUUGCUUCUCAUUAUGACAGCUCAAAUACUCCAACACAUUUCUGACAUUGUCUCUUAAUUGUCUGAUAGGUAAAAAUCUGCUUUGGUCAUGGUGUAUAUUAAGUCUUAUAGAAUUUUUUUUUAAUUUCCUAACAAAAUCAUUUGAAAUAAUUUAUAGUCAUUAUUCAGUAAUGAGAUUGGUCAAUAAUUUUUUAUUAAGGUCAACUCUUGUCCCUCUUUAGGUAUAAGAGUAAUGUUAGCCUGCACCCACACAGUAUUAAUAAGGAAAUGGCAACCCAUUUCUUUCUAUAUAUGUAGAUGUACACAUGGGUACAAAUCAUUCUAAAACUGCUAUUGUAAGUCUGUCUCCUUUUUGGUAUGUUGCCACGGACGAAUUUAAAAAAAAAAAUAAGAAUAAGAAAAGUUUGUUUCUACUGCAGCUAAACUUUGAAAUGAGGAGCCCUUGGUUUUUCUAUAAACCAGAUGCAAAAUGUGGAGGAAUAGGACAGAAUUGGAAUCGUUGGAUCCCUUUCCACUGUGACAGUUUUCUCAGUUGGGUUUGCCAAAUUAAAAGAGGUAAGAUUCCUUUUCAUUUACUACCGGUCCAUUAAACAAAGCCAACAAGGCCUUCAUUUGCUGCACUGCUGAAGCCUGGCUUUUUAAGAUGCAUGCCUUUUUGAGAGGAGGGGAAAAUAACGAGAAAUGCAUUCAACCUUUGCUAUGAAUGUUGCAGAGUUCAGAUUAUGACAGUCUGAGAUGUGAAGCACAGGUCACUCACAAAUUAUCCACAUUUAAUCUAUCUGCUUUGCAAAAGGGGGUGGAUGGCUAGAAAAAAAUACUUUGGCAAGCCCCGUCUUGCCCCUGCCAUUGAACCCAAUAUGUUUUGACCAUACAUGGUUUGGGCUCUAGGUGCUAUCCCCGGAACAUAACCCCAGCAUAAGUUCUGAGUCGCCUCUAUUCCAUUUCAAUAAGAACAAGAAAUUAGGCCAUUGAGGCUAUUGUGAGUACAGAGCUAUUGAUUGUUCUUUCACAUUAGGUUUUACCUGUGUUUCCACAGAGAUGUAGAAAUGUGGAAUGCUAUAAAUAAAACUUUACGUUCAUUUUUAUGAACUCCUGCUUGCUAUAUGAAAUAACAUAUGAUACAAAUGAUACUAUAAUCCAUUAUAAUUAAUUUGUCUUUGGUUUUUCAGGCGUACCGUUGAAACCUGAACCAAGCAAUGAUUUUGGUAUGUUGGGUGAUUCUGCCUUCCCUCAGGUCACAUUGGUCUUUUUAAAGCUGCACCAUAGAAGGUGGGGGUGGGUCUGCCUUAACAGCUCUCUCAGGCCAAGGAUGAUUCUCUCAGGAGCGAAAGAGAAGUGUGCUCCAUAGUCUGGGCACCCAAAUUUCUGCCUUCUCUUGGGACACGUAGGUCCUAAGUAGUGUUGGGGAAGGUGGUGGCAGGAUUGUUCCAGCUGUUUUCUUCAGUCAUUGAAAGUUCUGUCAGUAAAUUCUCCUUGGUAUGGGCUUGCUGAACUUGUUAAGAUUCACCUCUAGAAGGGAUGCUUUUUAGCUCAUCGGUAAAGCACAUCCUUUCAGUGUUGAAGUAACCAUCAGCAUCUCCAGGUUGGAUUGGAAAAGAUUCCUUACAAAGUCUCCUAGCCAGUGUCGACAAAACUGAGCUAGCUGGAGGUAUAAAGUAGCUUCCUAUGCUCCUAAGCGUAAGGUUUCCUUGACUGCUGUACCUUAUAUCCUUAUAACUUCCCUUCCUGCUUCUCCUCCGCCAUAAUCUGCUUAGUUCAUGUCCCUUUGUCACCCGAAUUGUCUAGAGUAGAAACACUGCAGUUUUGGAAUGCAGGAUCACCCCACCCCCUUUCUUCUCACCAUUCCUCCACUGUGACUUUGAAAGCUUGAGGUACGCUGAUUAGCCACUUGCCAGCACACUCCAGCAGACUUUUGGGGGGCCUCAAGAGAGGCUCUCUAGCUGGCUGCUUGCCUGAAGGUUUGUUGCACCUUCAAUGCAAGACUAAUGGGGUCACACUCUCUCUGUUCCUCUCCCAAAUAAGGUCAUCUGUCAGGGGGCUGUCAGGGAAACUAUGGCUGUUCCAGAUCUAGACCUGAAUCCAGACAGAAAUAGGUCCUGUUAACCAGUUCCUUCAAGACUGCAGAUGAAUUACCACCAAACUCUCAAGCACCCUGCCCCCCAAAGCACGGGCUACCAAUUUGUUACUGGGCCCAAUUCCAAGUGCUGGUUUUAACCUAUAAAAGCUUAAACGGCUCAGGACCACAAUUCCUCAAGGACUGCCUCUUUCCAUAUGAACCUACUCGAGCCCUGAGAUCAAAUUGUGAGCCCCUUCUUUGUGUGCCUCCUCCUCGAGAGGUCCAGAGGGUGGCAACACAAGAACGGGCCUUCUCUGCAGUGGCUCCCCUUCUGUGGAAUGCUCUCCCCAGGGAAGUUUGCUUGGCUCCUUCAUUAUAUAUCUUUAGGCACCAGGCAAAAACAUUCAUUUUUAACCAGGCCUUUGGUUGAUGUGAUUGACAUCCUAUGCCCUUCUAAAAUGUGUUUGGGGGUGUGUGUUAUUGGGUUGUUGUUUUCAUUUUGAUUAUAUGUUUUGUGGUUUUAUAUUCUGAUUUUAUUUUGUGAACUGCCCUGAGACCUGUGGGUUUGGGGAAAUAUAUAAAUUCAAUAAAUAAAAAUAAAAUAAAUAAAUAGGUGCUCAUUUUAUAUAUAAAAUAUAGUAUCAUGGUAACUAAACUGCUUUGUUUUUAAAUUAAUUUUACAGUGUGAACCAGCAAUAAGAAAUGCAUGGGUGGUGUUGAUUGUGUGUUUCAAACUGAACUGAUGUGCAUGAUUGUCUAAUGUAGAGGAGGGGAGAUCCCCAUUAAUAUCAUUAAAGUUUCUUAGUUAUAGCACUGAUUGCGUGAAUUAUCGUUAUGCAUAUUUUUGUAUAACUCUCUGGAAUCAUUUGGUGAAGGGUAUUUAAGAACUGCUUUAAAUAAGAUAAAUAAAAAUAGGUCUUCUUUUGCAGACUAUUCAUUCAAAAUAAUUGAUAAUGGCUGGAUUUUGUAUGAGGAACAUGAGUACUAUGUCAGUAAUACAAGUGCAUCUGCAGAAAGAGCACGAGCAUUGUGCAAGAAGCAUGGUGGAGAUCUUACUGUCAUUGAAAGUGAAACUGAAAGAAAGUUUUUGUGGAAAUACGUAAGAAAUAUUUGGAACAUAUGUUUUCCUAAUGAAGUACAGCUUGGUUUUUUUUUUAAAAAAGAACCAGAUGAAUGAUGGGUUGUGGCUAUUUUGAUGCCUGCUAAACAUUUUCUUCUGGAUAGGGUCACCAGAACCUUAAUCUUAUACAUGUGGUCAUGUACUUCAGUUGAAGUGUAAGACACUGACAAAGAAGUGAGAAUUGGGGGGGGGGGAUCCAUUCACCCAAAUAAUCAUCACAGAUCUAGGCCUGAUGCAGAGCAAUAGGUCAAAAUGUAUUUUUGUGCCUAAGCAUUUAAUUUUCAUGCCAGCAAAGUUCAAUAUUCUAUCCAGCAAUAUACAAUUUUCAAAGAAACAUGAUGGAAAUACACGAACAAAAUGUUUGGGAAGAGGAGCUUCUCUACAGAUUAUCAGGGGCCUAUAAUGAAAGCAUAGUGGGCUUAUCACUCAGGGUUUCACCCUCUGCCUUCACCUCCCCAACCUCCCUCCCUGCUUUUCUCUACAUCCAGCACUAUUUUUCUAGAAAAACAGGAAUGGAGCUCACCAUGAACGCCUCCCUUGUUCUCUUAUAAUGGCAAUGGUGCCCACCUGAGAGGUGCCGGAACUGAGUUCCGGUGAGUUCCAGCUGAAAAAAAGCUCUGUCUAGAUCCAUUAUGAAACCCUCUUUAUGGAUCCAUCUUAUCCUUUCCCUCUUCUAGUUCUUUUUCAUUGAUUGUUUAAUUUUCCUUCCCCAUCUCUUCAUUUAGAAGACAAAGAAGUGCAACUCACUAAGUGGAAGAGUGAAGUGAAAUGGGCAGCAUUAUGACAUGAAAGCAGGUGGCAUAAGCUGCACUGUAAUUUAUACCACAUAUAAUUAAAAAUCUUCAGUAAACCAUCUGUUCUCUUGAGCUGAUGUCAAGGAUGGGUAUUUAGGUCCCUCUAGCAGUUGCAGUCAAAAUUGCAAGCUGGAAAGAAGUACCGUAAUCCAAACUGUUCCCUCAUUGAAAGCCAGUUUUAUAUUGAGACAAGCCAAAGAAGGGAAAGAGAAGCCAGACACAUGACAGCAAAAGAAAACAGAGAGACUCUUCGCCAUCAGACAAAAAAACGUAUAUACAAGAUAGGUUAGAGCACAAUCCAGAUUGGUUUUUUUCUUCAAUUUUGCCUCAGGAAAGCAGUCUGUUCUUGACUCUCUACAUCUUCACUAUAGGCUUGUAUUAUUUCUGUAUCUCCUUGUUUGUGUUACUGUAGUGUGUUGCUUUCCCUUGUUGUUAAAGAUUUUUUAUUUUAUAUAUACGUACAUAUAUUCCCUCACAUACAUUCCCCCAACUUGCAACCUGCAACAGCCCCACUACACUCUUCUGUUAUGUUUUAUCUCUCUAUGACAGCUUGGCUUCUGUCUGGUUUUUAUGAGGGACUCCGGAGCCAGUUGAAGCACCACUCUUUCCCCCCUCCCUUCAUUGUCCCUCUCCCACAGCAGAGGAAAGGCAGAUCAGUUUUCUCCCUCUCCCUUCUUUAUUAAAGGAAGCAACCAAACAAAAGAAAACAAAGUCAGACUGCUUUUCCUCUGGGGUUUUUUCCAAGGAGCAAAAGGUAGACUCUUGGAUUCUACAUUUAAUCCCCACAACAACUUGGGCAGUGGCUGUCCCAAGGUCACCCAGGUAACUUCAUGACUGUGGAGAUUUGGACCUUGAUUUCUCAGUUCCUAGUUCAGCACUUAAGAAAUCUUCCUCCCAAGUUGUCUAUUGCCUCUCACAAACUGAGGGAGGAAUUUGAAUAUUUUUUUCCAGUUUGCAGUUUGCCUGCGACUGCUAGAGGGAGCUAAAUGCCCAUUCUUACAUUGACCCAAAAAUCCUUUUCACGUUAAGUACCAAUGGUCUUAUUACGGGUACAUCAGUUUAUUAAUCCAUAAUAAAUAACUUCCUUGUUUUCUCUAAUUUUAGCUGACAGGCUUUAAUUUCUUUUAACUGAAAGCUUUAUUUGUGUUUUAAUAAAGUACAAACAUGUUAUGUUUAUAAUUACAAGUCUCUUUUUGUAUUGGCUGAUUUGUAAAUAUAUCUGAUUACUUUAUUGUUACAUUUACUCCCCAUUUUUCCUUUGUAUGUUAUAGAACAACUAUUAUGGAACUCACUCUGGUGACCUUUACAUUGGUUUAACUGUGGGUCUUGAUGGAGAGUUUGGGUAAGUCAACAACUUUUUUAAAAAAUGUAAAUCAUACUAAGUUUCUUAGAUAAUAUCUAGGUUAAUGUUAAAUAAUCUGGAUAGAAGGAUGUUAUAUUCACCAUUUUUCUCUAAACUGAUUCAAUUAAUCUCCCAGAUAUAUAGAUUGACUCUGCAGUCCUAUGGUUCCUGUAAUGGUGUCUAGGGAUGGUGGAUAGGGAAGACUGACCUUGGAGAGGAAAACUGACUGUCAGUUACCUCCUCUGUGCUACCUCAGAAACUUUCACAGCCCUUGCUCUGUUGACAUCAAAGCCCAGUGUUAGAAUGAAUGCAUACAUGCAAGGGACAUACCAGGGGAAGGCUUUGAUCCUAAGGAUCCAGCACUUAGCCCCCAGCAUGCCCCCACAAGGUAGUAAAACUUAUGUCUCCAAUAAAAGUGAAAUAGUUUGGGGAGUAGCCGGAAAAGGAUAGAGAAUAAAAGUCCUAUACCACCUUUCCUUCUGCUAUGUCAGUGAGAGCCCAACAGGGAUUUGGAUAUUGUAGUUCAGCCAAUUUAGUUGUUUCACUAUUUUAGCUCUGUUAAAGUAGACUUUACAAAGGGUCUACAGAGCCACAGGCUAAUUCUUAACUGGUGGGUCCUUUGCUCAAAGAUCACAGUAGCCAUUCUAAUCACUUGACCUACCUUUCUUAGCUUUGCAAGUUGUAUUUCCCUCUAUUCCUUCCACUGUUCUACUCUGACUUGCCCCUGGCUCUAUCAGACCCAGAAUUAUGCAUUCUAGUUCUUGUUGGCCUUGUUAUUAUUAUUAACGUGUUUUACCCAUCCUUAACCAUAAGGUCACAGGAUAGGUUACAACAAUCUGAAACUACAAUGUUACAAUUCACCAGGCUGGCAUCACACCCUUGUCUCUUUCAUUUGCAUGGAACUUCUCACUUAUUAUGCCGUUUCCUCCAAAGCUUUUGGGGGCACCACCCUCUUUCUUCAUGUGUUGAGGAAGAGGGCACCACUCUAUCUGCCUGACUUCUAUGGCUAUUGUAUGUAGCUUGGAUGUGGCGUGUUCCUAGUUAAUUGCUCCCUUCUGCUCUGCUCCUAGCCAUGCUCUGAACAUUGCAGCACUGAUACUCUCCCUCUCCCAUGACAUCCUCCCUCUAAUACUGAUGGCCUUUUAUGACUCCAGUGCAAGAGACUGAGAACCAGGCCCAGCCCAAGAUAUUCUGUCAUUGUAGGCAAAACACCCCAACACCACCCCCACGAUAGCACUCCCCACAGAUCUAAGCUCCCUUCCCACACCCUCCCUGCCCCUGCUGUUGUGCCCAUGCUGCUGCCAGUCCUGACACAGCAGCUGCACCCUUGCCUGCAUCUGCAUUAUAAUGCAAGAGCGGCAGAGAGGGUGCAGUGGCAGCAGCAUGAGCAACAGUGCUGUGGUGGCAGUGGCACAGGUGAAGCCCCAGUGGGGCUGGCAGCUGCAUAAUGAUGGGAGUGGGACAUGGGUCAGAUCUGCCACCUGAGGCAAAUGGCAUCACCUUGCCUCAUGGAGAGAGCUGAGAGUUCAUUGUUGUCAUACUUCUCCACACCUGGUAUACUCCCCCCCAUUCCAUUUGAGUUGGCAAAGAAGCAGUGCAAAGGCAAGCUGCCCCUUGCUCCCCCACCAACAAGCUUUUUUCAGAUCUUCCUCACUACUGCCUCCCCUCAGGCUUGAAGAUUACAGCCACGAAAGGAGGCUUUUAUGUAAAAGAAGAACCAAUUUAAUCAUUUUUCAAAUAUAAAUAUUACAUUCUACCUAUAAAAUACAGGCAUAUGAUUUUCCUCUAAUUAAAAUAAAUGGCCCCAGUAACUGACAGGCCCCUUACUUCUACCUGCCAGUCAUAGGUAUUUUAUUUUUAUUUUUAUAGGGCUAGGCCAUGGCUGAGGUCAGAGUGAGUGAGAAAGGUGCAAUCCUGGAAAGACAUAGAGAGGCCACUUAGACAUCAUAAAGAAAAGAGGAACUGCAUUACCAAAAAGCAGGGGCAGGGAACAAAAGAAGGCACUGAUUUGCAUAAGUCCUGUUUGGGAUGUUUUAUAAUUGUAUGUAUGAAUUUAUAAAUAAUUGCUAUAAUUUCAUUAUAUUUUCAAUACAUCUCACCAUGCUGAGGGAAGAGAAUGACCAGGAGACCUGGGGUUCUUUAAACCAGCUUUAUAGUGGACAGAUCUUCAAAUAAAAGAUUGUCCCCUAAAAGCCUGUCAGAUAAAGGAAUGUUCACUUUAAAAUGGGGCACAUGACCACUCUUAAGAAGACAAGAAGACAAAGGAGCUCAGUGAGCAGGUUCUUGUGUUUCCAUAUUUAGCCUUAGAAAUUGCUAUGGCUGCAAAUCAUGAGACCCUGCAUUUUAAAGAAAGUCCCUCUAAAGGUAAAAGGAGAAAAAGUAAUGCUAGAUAUAUACAGUGCCACCAAGAGAUGCAAAGCCUGGUGGUGAUAAUAAUAAAUAAUAAUAAUAAUUUUUAUUUAUAUCCCGCCCUCCCCAGCCGAAGCUGGGCUCAGGGCAGCUAACAACAAUAAAACAGUACAAAUAAGAAUGAAAUAACAGUGUAAAUAAUAUUCUUUAUCAUUGUAAAUUAAUAUUGUUAAAUGCUCGGUUUUGCUAAAUAGUUUAUCAGCCUGGUGUUCCCUUUGCUAACUCCCCACAACCCUGCCCCCCAAUAUUUCUUUUGUAAAAGUAUACAAUGUAAAUGAAGGGCAAAUUACAUUAUUCUGUCCCGUUUUCUCUUACUAUUUUCUAUAGCUGGUUGGAUCAAACUCCAGUGACCUAUGCGUCCUGGGCACCUGGUGAACCCAACUCUGGAAAUGAUGAUGAAACAUGUGUUGCUAUGAAGGCUAUCACAGGCAAGUAAAAUAAAAGUUUAUCAUUUGGGGGGGGUCAUAAGAAUCUGCAAACUUGACAAUAAAUACCUAUCACAUAUUGAAUCUGUAGUUACAGUGACUAUUCCAUCCAUAAAUAUACAUUAAAUGGGAGUAGAAAUCAAUUGUUUUACAGCUCUUUAAUUGUCUUCUUUUGAAUAUGACAGGAUAUUAAAAUAUUUUAAAAGACACUAUAUAUUUAUCAUGUGGACAAGUUUAUACAGUAAGAGAGAUUUUGGGAACUGCCACGUGGACUUUUAUAUAUGCUACUUUACUAACUCUGGGACUUUAAGCAGUUUAUAUUCUGGAUAAUUGCCAGUGCCUUUUUUCUAGAAAAAAAGGUGCUGGUACUCACCAUGAAGUACCCUUCUUGGGCCAGAGAGCUGAAAGAGAUUACAGUGGUGCCUCGCAAGACGAAAUUAAUCCGUUCCGCGAGAGUCUUCGUCUAGCGGUUUUUUCGUCUUGCGAAGCAACCCUAUUAGCGGCUUAACGGAUUAGCGCUAUUAGCGGUUUAGCGGCUAUUAAAGGCUUAAAGGCUUAGGGGAUUAGCUGCUAAAAGGCUAUUAAAGGCUAUUAAAGGCUUAGCAGAUUAGAUAAAGGGGGGGGAAAGCGGGAAAAAAAUCUCUAGACUCGCAAGACAUUUUCGUCUUGCGAAGCAAGCCCAUAGGGAAAUUCGUCCUGCGAAGCAACUCAAAAACGGAAAACCCUUUCGUCUAGCGGGUUUUCCGUCUUGCGAGGCAUUCGUCUUGCGGGGCACCACUGUAUGCUGAAGGAUAAAGAAACCUCUCAGUGUUACUAACACACCUGAAGCCUCCCUCUCUCCUGUCACCUAAUGCGGAGACAGAGCCAAUGCAGAGAAGACAGGGAUGACUCACAAAGGGAGGAAAUAGCCUCAGGGUAGGUGGAGCAGUGGGAGCUCCUAGCUGGGGAUAGUCAUUGCCAUUACAUAAGAGGGAAUGGGAUGCUUCAGCCACUGUAUGACACAGCGAUGCACCCACUCACUGGCCCUGCAGGCUUUGGGCCUCCUCCGCUCCCAAGCUUUGCCCUCCUGCAUUAGUGACAGUUGCCAUGGCUGCUCGGCAUCCUCAUUGUUCCUUUCACACCAGCCUCGGCCCUGAGCAGCUGCUUUUGCUACCACCUCAGUGGCGAAGAGUCCCAGGAAAUGCCCACAACCCUCCUGACUAGACUAUGAGACUGCAGUCCCAUGGACUCCAAGGCUGGAGACCAGCAGCAGCAAGAAGCACAAGGUUUUUUGAGACAGAAAGGAAAAUGCUGUGUAAGAGAGAUGCUGACUGGGCCUCGUGGCUGGAGACCACGCUAGAUUGGGGGGGGCGGUGCCAGUACUGCGUACCAUUGAGUGCCAGAAAAAAAACACUGAUAAUCGCGUAUUACAUUUACAGGCGACAACCGUUUUAGGCGUGUCUGAAUGACGUGCAAUUAUGCACGCAUGCACAGCACUGCACCCAGAAGUAGCCCCAAAAUGUCCUAAAGAUGUCAUGAAAAGAGGGGGAAUGGGACAGAGCAGGCUUAUGCACAUUCCACAAACACCUGCAGGGGCCCGGAAUGUAACCCCUGUGCAAAACAAGGACAUCCUGUAUACAUAAUCCCCCUUCCAUCCAAUAUGGAACUUAAAACAACACAGAGUUCAUGGACAGGCUCUCUUUGAGGCUUAACCCACAUAAUUUCAGCAUGGCUUCUGUAUCAUGUGCUUGCAGACCGCAGAUUGGAAUGAUUGACAUAUACCACAGAAUGUAGGAACAGUAUGGUGUCUCUCACAAGCUCUAUUUUCAGAAAAGUGGUGGCUGCUCUUUGUUGUUACCAAUCUUUCAUUUGCAAUAUAUACUUGAAGGUCUCUGUGUGCUUUUUCACUUGGGAGUGAUUUAAUAUUACUGAUCAAGACAUCAUUCCUCUUUCAGGUUUAUGGUAUGAUACAAAUUGUGGUACUGCUAAUAAAUUCAUCUGUGAAAGGCAUAACAGUUCUGUCCAUUCAACUGUUGCUCCCACAAUGCCUGUACCUGUUGGGGGCUGUGCUGAUGGCUGGCUUUUUUUUAAUAACAAGGUAACUAAGAAAGUGACUGCAAAUAUAACUGGUAUAUUGUCCCUUCUCAGUUAUUAUAGUGCAUACAAUGAGCUUAUGACAAUGCAGAGAUUGCUCUCUGUGUCCACAGUUCUAUGCAAGGGCUCUUUACAGAGCUUACAAUGAAUAUUACAGUCAACUUGCAUGAUGGCAGCCUCACACAUUUGGUGGCUGGUCAGCUGCGAUCAGAGAAAUUAAAUACAUAAGGUGGAAAGAUUAAAAGCUCCUUGCCCUGCAAAGGGGGCAAGGCCCAUUCAGUGCAAAGCUUCCAAAAGGUGUGUGGGCUGUUCCAAAAUAUUCUGACUAUACACAAUUGUGGGGUUUGCACAAACCUCAGAACGUAACCCCAGCGCAAGUUGUGAGUGGGCUGUAUAUUACAAAAAGCAUACAAUUAAAAAGUAAAAGAAUAUGUUAUUCAAUCACUCCUUUGUAAACUCCUAUCAGCGGUAAAACUACACUUGUAGAGCUAUCAGCAGAUAUAGCUGUAGUUGCCAGGGAGUCUCUCCCCCAACCUGCAGCAGGUAGGCACCUCUGCUCCAUCCUCCACUCUAUGAUAACCCUAGUCAACAAAUCUCAGAUUUCUGAUUCCUCUCUGAAGUCAUUAAAUAAUCCAUGUCUGCUACUCCAGUACCAUUUCAUGAUUGUUGAUUUCAUUAACCAUAUCAUGAUUGAUGAGAGUUUUGAGUUUGUAUUCUUUCCCCCAGUGCUUCCAACUGUUUGGGUUUAAUGAGGAAGACAGAAAAAAUUGGUCUGAUGCACGAACUGCUUGUAAAAAACAAGGAGGAAACUUGGCUUCUAUAACAAGCAAAGCUUUUCAAGGUCAGUUCUUUUAAAACAUAUUGCUCUUAUGGACUUAAAGUUUUAGAAGUCCAAGACCUCCUGCUCAACUUCUCCUCAUGCCAGAGGAACUGCUACAAUGUGGCUCCUGCCCUUGCCACUCAGGUAACUUGACUAACUGCUUGUGACUUGGAGGAGCUGGAAACCAGGGCAGUGUUGCUGCAGUGCACAGAGUUCCCUCCUUCCUUACAUACACAUAUGACUUUAGCCAUUCGGGUCCCCAAUUCAUGAACAUUUUACUUGGGAGGAAGCCCCAUUGAACUCUUUUGGGAUUUACUUGCGAGCUUGGAUGGAAACAACCCCGUUUUUGCAAAUGGCACACAGUCCCACGUUAAACCCAGUGGAGGCCCCUAGGCAGUCAAAAUCUCAGGGGGGCCCUCAUGUGCGUGAUAUAGUGGGAUAACAUUAAACUAAGAAAGCUUGAUUGUAAUUUUCUUUCAAGAUCAAAUCAAUAUUAUUUUGAUUUGUUGUCAUGAGGCCCCUAAAAGGUGUGGGGCCUAUAGGCUGCUGCCUACACUGCCUGAUGACACAGGCAUGCAAGCUACUUUUCACUGCCUUCUUGCCUCCCUUGCUGGAGAGAUCUCAACCGCCAUCCCUCCUCCCACAUUGGCAGCCCCUUCAUGCACUUGGACAGGCUCUCCAAAGUGCAGAUUUAUUCCUGAGUAAAACCUUCCCCUCCAACGUCACUGUAGUAUAACCCCCCCCCCCAGUUGCCUGCAUUUUAGCAAUAGACAAAGGCAGCCACCAGGGAAUCUCCUCCUUGCACCAAAUUGGCACGCCAGAAAUGGAGAACCGGGGGGGGGGGGGAGUGCACAGAAACUAGGAAUCUGGGAAAUGACUGGGAGGCAUCCAGGAGGAGGAGGACUCAAGGAAGGAUGGCCACAGAGGAGAGAGAGAGAGAGAUGCAGCUGCAAGUUAAUUAAAGGAUGGGCCCCCUGCAGCUCCCUUGGAUGAUCCUCAAGUCUCCCCAGCAUGCCAUGGCACACAGGUUGACAACCAAUGGCCUAAUUCAUUGAGGGUUUGAGAUUCAUCAGUUACCCUCACCUGGCCAUUGCCAGGGUGUGGCUGCUGUUGCAUGCUGAAAGCUUCCAGGAGCCACAGGUGAGAGCUGAGGGCAGGGUGGGGACCAAAGGUGGGACAAACUAUCCCAGAUGGAGCACGACAUGCCCCCCACCAGAGGUACUAUCCACCCUGUAACACCCCAUACACCUCUCAGCAAUAUACUUGGUCAUAAAAUGCUUUAAUUACAUGGCCAGAAUAGAUGUGAACAACUUGGAAUCUUGGUUCACUUAUAGGUUAAGGGGAUGUGUUUGUCAAAUCUUUUACGGUGAAACCUGUCUUUUGUUUUUAUUCAGCAUUCCUCACGAUACAUUUAAAAAGUGCUUCAACUGAUGCUUGGAUUGGACUGAAUGAUAUUCAUUCGGCGCACACAUUUCUGUGGACAGAUGGAAGUGGAGUCCACUAUUUAAACUGGGCCAAAGGUUUUCCACUUUUUUGGAGUGUAAGUACUGCCUGCAAAGGUUCCCCCACCCCCAAAAUAAAAAAAGUCUUCUGUACUGCAUCCUGCAGUGAGACUACUUAUUCAGAAAACCCAUUUUAUGUACCACUCUCCCAUCAAAUCUUCAUCUGGCUCCUAGUUUGUUCAUUUUUAGUGCCAGCCAUAGACUUUCCUCAGAAUUGGUUAUAAAUGUACAUGUUGUGCACAGAGAAUGAAUAGUUCUUAUUUUAUUUGCUAAGGGCUUGCAAAGAGUCCCAAGCAGCACUUUGAAGUUGUAAUCAUCAGCUGAUUGUCAGGGCUUCAAAGUGUCUGCUGACCAGGUCCAGUUCCCUACCACUACUUAAAAACUCUACAAUUACUACUACUCUUUUUACAGACCAGUUUUCAGGCAGUGCCCUUCUGGGCACCUUACUCUUAGACAUAUAGUAAUUCACAUUAUCUCUGAUUCAUCGUCAUAGCACAAUAUUCAACUACAUUUUGGCUGGCAAGGAUCAGUUCUAGCAAAAAAAUGAGGAUUUCCCCCAUCUCAUCUCACUAUGCCAUCCCCAAAUCUACUCCAGAGCACUGGGGAACCCCAUCAACUGAUGUAGGAAGCACAUGGAGGAAGGAGACGGGUAGAAGGUUCUAUUGCACAAGAAGAAAUACUUGUGCUGAUGGAACAUUCACCUUAGCACUAACUGAUUAUACCGCUUGUGUGGAAAUGUAUCUUACUGGUUGGGGUACUCAUUGUGUACUAUUCCUGCCAACACUGAAACUGAAAGACUCCCUGUUUCCUGGUGAGUCAGAGGAGUUGCUAGUAGAGCAGAGCUGAUGAGAAAACAAGGAGAGUUGUUCAUUCAGAUAAGAAGCAUAGGUGUCUCAAGUCAAGGAGCCAGUCUGAAAAGGUGUUGCACCAGCAACAGCUAGGUUUCACCUAAGCAGUUUUAUAGCUGGCCCUGCUACCCUACCCCACUUCCUGAAAACAUCAGCAUGCAUCAGUUACAGAUUCCUUCUCAGAAGUAGGGUUCAGAGAUAGGAUACCUGUUGCUGUCAAACUUGCACUGUCUGUUUAGUCAGGUUUUGGUGUGAACCUCACACCAUCGCUGACCUGGAAUCACAGAGGUGAUUGCGGAGUCAUUAAGUGGUAGAGCUUGUUUCUGGGCUGGGUUCAACAGGACAUUAUAAGAAGUGAGAAAUGAUAAUCUACAAACUUGGCUCAAAAAAGUAUAGAUUAAUAUUUUCAUCUAGUUUAAGUAGUAGAAAAGCAUAAUAUGUUACAAAAUAAUCAAACCCUACAUGUUAUAGGUGGCUCUUGUGUUACUUGUUCCUUUGUUAUAUUUUUAUUCCUUAGGAAGACUGUGUUUUUAUGAUGAAGGAGCCUGAAAAGCAGGCAGGAAACUGGAAGGAUGGACCAUGUUCUGCUAAAAAAUCCUACAUUUGCCAAAGAAACACUGGUAUGUUUUUCAAACAGAAGUAACAUAAUUUUUUUAAAAAAUUCAGAUUGCCUGAUGGAAUCCAAAGCCAGUUUUCCAUGCCAUAUUGGUCAAAAAGAAAACAACAUUGAAAGCUCUUAAUGCAUAAGAGAUUCCACACUCACCAGUAUAAAUCAGCUGGCAGGGGUUAGGGGAGCAGCAGUCACGAGAACCUGUUUUUAUAGAUGCAAAGAGGUGAACUCUAAUGCCAAAGAGUUGCCACAAUUAUAUGCCUCAUUUUUUACACAUCAUCUCUAGGACAUGCAGGAGGAGGAUGCUGGCACAGGAUUUUUCAGUUUAAUGUUGUUGUAUCUAGCCCUGUUCAAAGUGAUAGGCUUCUCCUAUGACCUAUGCAAAUUCAUUUGAAUAUAAGAAGAAAGUCCACUUUGAAUGACUGAACUAAAGUUUUAUCAUCUGAGAAGAAUGGCAGAUAGGAAAUUAAUUGAAAUCUCUUGACUUCUCUGGAAAGAAAUGAAGAUAUGUUUCAAAAGGUCCUGUUGAUUACAUGUUAAGAAUUUGACUUUUUUGUAACUGUAAAGAAAAUAUAUUCUGAGGCCACAUCCAUAUAAUCUCAAACUAGAACUUUCCUGUAAUUGUUAACUUUUAAAAUGUUGAUUUCCAAGGUUUUUAAAUGUUUCACUUCAGAUUUUUAGUACUUUGAGAUGUUAAAACUUAGGAGAUAAUGGCAUUCUGAAAUUUCAGUAUCAAGUGAAAUCAAAUUUUAGGAUGGUGUACAGUCUAAACUGAUCUCUGCCUUUUCUCUUUAUUACUUUCCUGUAGACCCUGCAUUAUCACACCCUGAAACGACAAUUUCAGCCUCUGGCUAUACUGUUUUUGGGAACAGCAGUUACUCUCUCAUUGGCACCAAAAUGACAUGGGAAGCAGCCAGGAAAAAAUGUCAUUCUAUACAGUCAGAGCUUGCCAGCAUUGUGAAUCCAUACAUCCAAUCGUUCUUAUUGCUACAUGUGUUAAAAUACAAGGAGCCAGUGUGGAUUGGCUUAAACAGCAAUAUGGUAAGAACAUAUGAUAUACAUGAACAUAAACCUGCUUAUCCACACCAAGGGCUUGUAUUGAGGGCAUAGUUAGAAAGAACAGAACUUUUAAUAGCUGACUUCAUUGAAAAUACCCUCAGCAUUAAUUCCCACAAACAGCUUUGGAUCUAACCUGUGGGUUACCUAUGAGCACGUAGGGGUAGUGCGGUGGAGGAGAGUCCUCUAUGCCACCCAACUUGCUACCAUGGCCACUGCCCACCCACUCACUUUAAAGAAAAGUUCAAACUGCUUCAAACAGCACUUUUGCAAAAUGCUUUAAGGCAGCUCCAGUGCUCCCAUUUCAGGCUGAAACCCAGUCAUAAGAAUCCAACAGUAAGCAGGACCACAUACAUAUGUAUGCACAUUGGCUGAUGUGAUGGGAGGUGAUUCUGCUUGGUCUGGGUGCACGACAAACUCUGCCAGGUGGGUUACUGGCAGCCAGUGCAGAGUGAUGCUAUGUGGUGACAUAUAAUCCCAUCACGCUGCCACCAAUCUACCACAUUCUGCACUAGCUGUGGCCUCUAGGUCAUAUUCAAGAGCAGGCACAUUAAAUAAGUCCAUGUGGGAGAUCACCAGAGCAUGGACAACUGAGACCCUACUACUGUGGUCCAGGAACGGCUGUCGCUAGCAGCUUAGCCCAACCUGGACAUAAGCAGUCCUAGCCACAGAAGCCAUUUGAGACUCCAGUGAUAAGUUGGAAUCCAGCAGUAUUCCCAAACUGUGAAUCUGUUCCUUCACAAGGAACCUCCUCCCAGAGAAGGUUGUCAACCAAAUUCUUUGACAUAGGAACUGUCCACCUACAACACCUACAACUUAUCAGGAUUCAGCCCUUCUAUUGAACCAUUACUGCUUCCAGAUACCAGUUCAACACCUUCCUAGCCUCUCCUGAUUCAUAUGGAAAGGAGAAACAGAGCUGUGUGCAGUCAGCAUUCUGAUGACACCAUGCUCCAUAUUCCUGGAUAACACCUCCCCUAUUUCAAUUAGAUGUUAAAUAGUAUAGGUAUUAAAUCUGAUGUCACCCAUAUAGUAGUACUCUAAGUUAACCCCCUGAAAGAUGAUGGUGUGUGUAAAUAAAAUGAAAAGGAGAAAAAGUAAAUAAUGUGGAGUUCAUGUUAUGGGAUGCAAAUGUCAAAGUUUUUUUCUAAGCCAGCAUGUGAUGUUCCCAUGUGCAUUUGAAUUUUAGACUGGUGAGCGUUACAAGUGGAUAAGCAACCAGAGACUAGUAUAUACUGAUUGGGGUCCUGAAGAGCCAAAGCAGAAAAUAGCAUGUGUCUACUUACACCCUGAUGGUCACUGGAAAACAGGAAAUUGCAAGGAAACAUUCUUCACUGUCUGUGAGCGGCAUCAUGGUAAGCAAAGGAAUGUACCGUAUUUUUCGCUCUAUAAGACGCACCAGACCACAAGACGCACCUAGUUUUUGGAGGAGGAAAACAAGAAAAAAAAUAUUCUGAAUCUCAGAAGCCAGAACAGCAAGAGGGAUCGCUGUGCAGUGAAAGCAGCAAUCCCUCUUGCUGUUCUGGCUUCUGGGAUACCUGCACAGCCUGCAUUCGCUCCAUAAGACGCACACACAUUUCCCCUUACUUUUUAGGAGGGAAAAAAUGAGUCUUAUAGAGCAAAAAAUACGGUAUCUUUUUAAAUAUGGGACUUUGCCUACUCCAUUUGAAGAUAGAGCUGAGAAAUGUGCUCUUGAAACUUCUGCCUCUUUCAUAUGGAAAGAACUGUUACAGUUCGAACCAUCAGGCCAUAACUAUCAGGCAAACAAAAAUAUGAUGGAGUUACAAUAAGUAAUCUAGGAUUUGGUAACCACAUUUAGUACCCAUUGAUUUCAAUUGAAGAGACUUGGGCAAGUGUUUUUAAGGCAGCAACCCUAUAUAUAUUAACACAGGAGUAAGCUCCAUGCAACUCUGUGAACAUUACUUUGAGUAAACUCUCAUAGGGUUGCACUGUUAACCUACCAUUGAAGUCAAUAGGAUUUAAAAUAGCUCACGUUUCAUUAAAAGGAUUCUUUUUUCUUUCUUUUGGUGGCCAUUUUAUGUCCAUUCAGGGCACUGAUUUCUCAGAGAGCAAUGACUUGUAAUAUUACAAAUAGUUGGGAACAAUGCCAGCUCUAAAUUUGAGAUUUCUGCCAAAGCACCAGCUGAUGGGCAAAGCACCCUAUGCUGGGGUGUCGUCCUGCUGGGCUUAUCAGAUGGUGGCAAGAAUGCUCUGAUGAGCACCAAGCAUCCCCCAGUCUUCCUUACAAUUUCUCAUAAUGCUCCUAAUGUAGCAUCUGCCGAAAGCCCAUGUCCUCUCCUGAUAUGUCCCACAGAGGAACUUAUGGUCUUCAAACAAAAACAUCUUGAAGGUCCCAGGCCACAGAGAGGUUAGGCUGGCCUCAACUAGAGCCAGGGCUUUUUCGGCUGUAGCUCCGAUCUGGUGGAAUGCUCUGUCACAAGAGACUAGGGCCCUGCGGGACUUGACAUCUUUCCGCAGGACCUGCAAGACAGAGCUGUUCCACCAGGCCUUUGGCCAGGGCACAGCCUGACUCCCUCCUUUGGCAAAUUUCAUAGAACUCUAGCCCAAUGGGUGGGAAGGCAAAGCAGGUGUUACUGGUGGGCCCUGCCACUGUGCCCAAGGAUGCCAUGUACUGACAAUGGUUUUGGCUAUGACUCAAAUGAGAUAAAUUUAAAUAUUUUCCAAUAAAAUAUUUCAGGGUACUGCCCCCCAAGUUGAUUGGCAUUGCCAUUCAAAUGGCAUGAGUGUCAUUGAUUAUGUGGGCAAGGCUUACCUCCCCCCCAUAUUUUAUUCAAGUUGGCACUCCUGGCGCAGCUGUAACAGUUUUUGGAUGGGUAAAAAAAUAAUAAUCACUUGAUAUCCCCUAGCAUUUUGUCAACAAAUUGAUCUGAAAAAUACAGACAUGAUAGUUUGUAGGUAAGAAACCUGCUAUCAGUCGGGGAGUUAUUUUGCUAGGCACCUUUAAAAUUAAUUCUGCAGAGGAAAAGAAUUAAAUUAUUCACUUUCUGUGUAAAAUUAUUGCCUCUGAUUAUAUGCUUAACCUGUCAAUUACAGCACAGCUUUCCCUCCUUGCCCCGCCCAGUCUCAUAUUUGCUCUCCUUCCCCCAUCAUUUCAUGUUUAUGUUCUGGAAACUCGUCUGCAACAGUUUUUUAAUGCCUGGAUUGGCACCAUGAAGCUCUUCUGAGGGCCCUGUUUUGACAUGUGCAAAGUUGCAGACAUCUCAUUUCACUAGCCCAAGAUGCCACUAGCCCAAGAUGCCACCUUGAUAUUCUGCUUCAUCUCAUGAUUUGGGAUUUGUUUGCACAUCCUUAGUAUUUAUAGGUUUCUAAUAUAUUUAUUUAAAAUAAAUAAAAUAAAAUACUUGUUUCAUAAUAGGCAAAAUCCCAACUGAACCUCCACAGGCACCAGGAAAAUGCCCUGAAUCAAAACAGAACCAGAUAUCUUGGAUUCCUUUUCGGGCACAUUGCUAUAAAUUCUUCACUGGUUGGUUUGAUCGCCCAACAGCACACUUCAAAUGUUCUCAGUUAGGUGGGUAUCGUUUUGAAUUAGAUCAUGACAUAAAUUUUCCAUGCUAGGAAACUCCUAGUUAGUAUGUAAAACCAAUGUGGUAAGUGGAUGGUGUUGCAGGGAAGUCCUAUCCUAUGCAUGUCUAUCAAGAAAUAUGCCCCAUCAAGUUCAGUGGGGCCUAUAGCUAAGUAAGUGGGUACAGGAUUUUAGCCUUGGACUUUGACCAGAGAGACAGAGGUUCAAUUUCUUGCUCACCCACAAACCUCACUGGAUGCCUUGGGCCAAUCCCCCACCUUUCAGCUUAAUAUGUCUUACUGGGUUGCUAUAAUGAUAAUGCAGAAAGGAAGGAAGCCUGAAAUUGACCCUGUAGUCCUUGGAGGUACUGUAGAAUGGCAAGGCACAGCAAGUGGGGUUUCUGGCUGACAAUGCUGCCCACACCUACUUUGGGAGAGGCCAAGUUGAGGGAAGAUUGGAAGAACAGGUGGUUUGUCCUUCAGAGCACUCAGGUCAUCAGCAAAUGCCUGACUGUGCUGAUCCCUAAUAAUAAAUCUUUCUAUUGUUGGGUGCUUCUGUGUGAGGUGGGUUGUGCUGUUCUACUACUUAUCAUCCUCAUUUGUCCAACCAAGAGAUUUAUGUAUGAAUCUUACUGAAUAAAAGUUAAUUGGUGGGGUGGUAAAAAGCCACAUGCCAUAGGCACACACACAAUUAUUAACUUUCCAUUUUAUUUCCUCCGCAGUACCUCUGAGCCCAGAUAGAAUGUUGCUCCGCUGGGGCCAGAGAAGCACUGUGGGGAAACCAAAAUUGUGUGUGCCAGCAACAGUGCUUUCCUUCUAAGCUGACUUAUGAUCAUACAUAACAGAUGGGCAUCUAACUUCUGCUUAGAAACUUCCAAGAAAGGGGAGUCCACCACCUCUCAUGGGAGUCUUUUCCACUGUUGAACAAUCAGAAAGUCAGAAAGUUCUUCCUGAUGUUUAGUUGGAAUCUCCUUCCUUGUAAUUUGAAACCAAUGGUCAGUUUUGCCGGUGUGUAUCUAUUAAAUACGUUGUUGCUUCUGUUUCGUCGUACCUGCCCCUAAGGUCCCAGAGCAAUUUACAAUGAUAAAAGUAUGGAGUAUGAAAAUUGUAAUUAUUUAAAUAAAUUAAAGGUGGUAUGACAAAUUCUUAAUGAAUUAAGAAUUUAACUCAUCUGAUGUUUCCUAGGUAGCACCUUGGCUUCUAUAGAAGAUUUAGCUGAACUGAAAUUUUUAGUGGAGCACACACAGCAAAACACACGUUGGAAUUAUUGGAUAGGAUUAAUUAGAAAUAUUGAAGGUAACUGUUUUACAGUCAAUGUUUAUACUAUAAUAACAUUUAUAAUACUUAUUUCUAAUAUAGUUAUUUAUUAAAACAAUUUAUUUACAAUAUUCUCUAUGUGGUUUACAAGAAAUGCUAUACAAGAAGGUAUAAAUUGGUUAAAACUAUAAACAUUUUUGGAAGUGAAAGAGCUCAGAUGAUACCUAACUCCCAGAAAACCUUCGUACAUCAAGCCCAACAGUUCUUCCAUGUGCUUGAGGGGUCACACCAGCAUAAGAAUGUAAAGGCAUAUGUGGUGGGAAUGUUCAAAGGUGAAGUUGUUUUAGGAAAAUGUUGUCCAGGGAAUUUCUUUAAUUGCAUCUCAGAGUUUUCCAUUUAUUUAUUUUUGCAUUAGCUAAUAUAUGGAAGAAAUUGAACAGUUAAAAAGCAUAUAAUUUGUAACACAUCUUCUAAUGGCAGCACAUACAGCCAUAGGUAGUAAUUGGAAAACUUAAAAUUUGCUAGAAAUAGACUAAUGUUAUAACACAGUUUGGCAAACAGCCUUGCUAGAAUUACUGGAGAUAGACACCAGUUUAGAAAUGAGACAGUUUCCUUGGAUUUAGGUGGAAAGGAGAAAUAGAGCUGGGUGUCAUCAGCAAACUGGUGGCACAGCACCUCAAAACUCUGGACAACCUCUCCCAGUGGUUUCAUGUAAAUGUUAAAUAGCAUAGGCAACAGAACAGAACCACGAGAGACCCCACAGGCCAAUGGCCAAGGCAUCAAGCAGGAGUCCCCCAGUACCCCCCAGGAGUCCUCCAGGAAGGAAUAGAGCCACUGUAAAACAGUGCCUCCAAGUCCAAUCCCAGCAAGGUGGCCCAGAAGGAUACCAUGGUCAAUGGUAUUGUAAGCCACUGAGAGGGCCUGCAGAACCAACUGGGACACACUCCCCAGUUCCUGUCACAAGUCAUCCACCAAGGCUACCAGAGCCAUCUCUGUCCCAUAGUCAGGCCUGAAAGCAGAUUAAAAUGGAUCCAGAUAAUUCGUCUCCUCCAGAAACCAAUGGAGCUGAGAUGCCACCAUAUGCUCCAGAGCCUUGCCCCAAAAGGGAUGUUGGAAACCAGAAUAUUUGUAUUUAGCCUCGCAAACUAAAAAAAUAAGUGUGUUGUUCCCAGUGAGCUUGAGGUAAGUGUGCUUGAAGCUAUAGCUUCAGAUUAGAAGAAUAACAGUCUACAUUAGGAAAUGGCAUCUAUAUGUUAAAGUUCACUUUAUGAAAAAGCAGAGCCAACCAUUUUUCCAAAAUAGUUGUGGGAGUUUUGGGUACUGAUCUAGAAAAAGAGUUUUAAGGUAUGAAAAAUAUGUACAGGCGCCCCCCCCCCCAUUUAUGCGCAUUCAGUAUGUGUGUGACCAUGUAUACGCACAUCACACCAAAUGCAGAAGUGACCUGGAAACGUCAUAAAGACAGCACUGAAACAUCACUAAAAGGGCAGAACGGGAUUGGGAUGGGGUUUUUGCAGGCUUUUUUCAAUGGGUUUCAAUUAUACACGAUUUCAUCAACACAUGUGGUGCCUUGGAAUGUAACUCCCAUGGAAACAGGGACCUGCCUGUAAUUCCUAGUUUAGAGAAAAGAGAAAAAGAGAUGUAUCUACUAGUCGUUUUAAAAAGAAAUACUACAUCUAAUCUGGUUUUGAUCCCGAGCAGUGUGAGCAGUCCCUGUUCCCAUGACACUUCUAUGUUGUCUAUAAAAAAAAGCUGCUCCUGAGAGCCAGGCAGCUGUCCAAAAUAGAGCUCAAUAUGGUCUGGGGGAAUGUGGGGGGGAGGGGCCACUGUAGCCAGAAAUCAGACACCUUCCCCAUACUGUUAGUGUAUUCAGUGUUCUGAUAUAAUAUUGCUGGUUGCUUGCAUAUUUUCCAAACUAAAAAUGGUGAGUGUAUUUUUAAAUUGUGUUUCCAUAUAGAACACAUUGCAAUGUUUGUGCUGCUCCUUCCCUUUUUAGUCAUUACAAUAUCUAUUGAUUUUAAUAAUAGGAUUUGAUUUUAAUAAUAGGAGAAUGGUUAUGGGAAGAUAAGACUGAAGUAGAUUUUGUCAACUGGAAAGCAAAUGAGCCCACAUUCGAGCCUGAAGAUUUUUCCUCUUACUAUAGUGGCAUCUGUGCUUACAUGAAGGCAGAUAAUGGGGAGUGGUACAAGGAACGCUGCAUAAGAUCUAAUGGAUUUAUUUGUAAAAGACACAAAAGUAAGACAUUUUCUUAUUUAUUAGCAAUAAUUCUUAUUCAAAACAGUAUUUAAUUGUUGAGGUGAGUUGUAUAGAACUACAGUGAAUGUCUUAGGAUAGUCUUGUGUAAUUGUUUUCUGGCUAGAUUCAUAUUACUAUAAGUUUAUCCAUGUCAUCUCUUUAUCUGCCCUCCUCUUAAAGUUGUGUAACAAAGGUGUUUCUGUGAGACUACUGCCCAGAGAGGGACUGUUUCCUGUCUCUGCAUGUUUAUAAUAUUCUGCCUUGUUCUAUCCUUACUAGCAAGUUCUCAGUGGGGUUUUUUUUGGGGGGGAUGCAGUCUUUCCCAACUGCCUUUCUUUUUCUUGCACAUUCCAUCAAAUUGGUCCUCUUUUUUUGUGUGUGUCCUCCAUACUCUUUGUUACUUCCCAUUCUCUUUCCAACUUCUGGCAGACCUUACUGGAGCUUCCAGUCAUUGACUCUCUAACAACAAAUGGUAAAAGAUAGAGCCAAAGCUAGAGAAUAAUCAUUUUCACUACUUCUAUAUUUAAUAAUGUUAUGAACAUUUGAUAAAUAUAUAAUAGCAAAGGUUCCCACUAUUAUUUACAGUCUUCAGAAUGGGUAUAUUCAACAUUUUAAUAAAUCGUUCCUUUUAUUCAAAAGGAAAAAUCAUUUAAGAGAGCCAGUGUGGUGUAGUGGUUAAGAGCGGUAGUCUCGUAAUCUGGGGAACCGGGUUCGUGUCUCCGCUCCUCCACAUGCAGCUGCUGGGUGACCUUGGGCCAGUCACACUUCUUUGAAGUCUCUCAGCCCCACUCACCUCACAGAGUGUUUGUUGUGGGGGAGGAAGGGAAAGGAGAAUGUUAGCCGCUUUGAGACCCCUUAAAGGGAGUGAAAGGCGGGAUAUCAAAUCCAAACUCUUCUUCUUCUUCUUAAUAGAUUCCACUUUGACAGUUUUAAGGCUCAGGUCACCAUGCCUGACUGAUCUUGCUAAGCAUUUGAGUGGAUUGAGUGAACAGACCGAACAUUUCAAAUUCAAAACUUGGUCCCCAUUUUUAAAUUUUACUACAUAUUUUUUAAUUGAAAGAAGCACAUCUGGAAGCAUAUCUGAGGUGCAUAUUCAUGCUUUCCCUGUAAUAUUAUUACACUCACACCAAUCUCCAAGUGAUAAGACCUUCUCCAGUCAUCUGUACUCUUCAGUUGCAAAAAAGUGACUUAAGACUCUCCAGGGCAAUUUUACUUAAAGAAACAGAUUUGGUGACUGUAGUAGUCCUCUUUUCUUUUUUGUCCAUUACCUCCAAGGAAGGAUCUUGAGAAGCAGGAGUGCAGACCUACUGAGAGAUGUGUGCACGGCCCAAUGCAUACAUGGCAGAUAGACUGGCAGUCCCCAUCCUAAACUCCCAGACCUUGCCAUAUCUCCAGAAUUCAAUGUUUACACUAGGCUAGAGACAAAGGAACUGACAGAGUCCUUGUUUACCCAGGAAUGUCCCAUCAAGAAUCAGUUUUGCUCUAGUUUCUCCUCUGAGUAUUAAAUAGAAUGGUAAAAAAUGUGCAGCACACUAAGCUAUUUCUGGAAAAGUUGAAAUACAAAUGUGGUAAAUGGAUAAUAAUUGUGUAUUUAUUUCACAAGAUUUCUAUAUUGCUUGGUUGUAACAAAACCUCAGAUAAGACUUGUAGGUAGCAAUUGAUUACAUUGGAUGGAAAAGCAGAAGGUUAGCUUAUUGAGACAUUCGUUCCAAAAGGUAUAUACAGUGGUGCCCCGCAAGACGAAUGCCUCGCAAGACGGAAAACCCGCUAGACGAAAGGGUUUUCCGUUUUCAAUGCGCUUCGCAGGACGAAUUCCCCUAUGGGCUUGCUUCGCAAGACGAAAAUGUCUUGCGAGUCUAGAGAUUUUUUUUUCGCUUUCCCCCCCCUUUAUCUAAUCUGCUAAGCCUUUAAUAGCCUUUAAUAGCCUUUAGCAGCUAAUCCCCUAAGCCUUUAAGCCUUUAAUAGCCGCUAAACCGCUAAUAGCGCUAAUCCGUUAAGCCGCUAAUAGGGUUGCUUCGCAAGACGAAAAAACCGCUAGACGAAGACUCUCGCGGAACGGAUUAAUUUCGUCUUGCGAGGCACCACUGUAUUUUAGUCUACAGGGGAUCGGUUCUUGGCAGAGAGUUACAAGUGUGCCACAUUUAUUCAGAAUUCCAUGCCAAUGAAACCAGCAGGACUUGUUUCCAAAUAAAUUACUUUUACUGCAGCACUUUUCGUAACAAGAACAAUGAAAUCAGCUGAGGGAGAAAUGGAAAGGGACCAAUUUGAAAGCAUAAGAAGCAGUUAUACUAAAGCUAAGCAGGUCUGAAAGUUACCUGGAUAUGAUACUACCCCAAGCCAUAUGUAAACUGCCCUAAUCUCUUAGGAAGAAGUGCAGGAUAUAAGUAUACCAAGAAGAGGAAUAAUUAGGAGGUCCAAGGGCCCAAUCUACUUGAAUGCAAUCCUUUCAAUAAACUCCCUCUCCCUACCCCCCAGAUUCCCCAUUAAAUCCAUUCCAUGUACAGUGGUACCUCGGGUUAAGAACUUAAUUCGUUCCGGAGGUCCAUUCUUAACCUGAAACUGUUCUUAACCUGAAGCACCACUUUAGCUAAUGGGGCCUCCUGCUGCUGCUGCGCCGCCGGACCAUGAUUUCUGUUCUCAUCCUGAAGCAAAGUUCUUAACCUGAGGUACUAUUUAUGGGUUAGCGGAGUCUGUAACCUGAAGCGUAUGUAACCUGAAGCGAAUGUAACCCGAGGUACCACUGUAGUUUGUUUCUAGGUACUCCAGUCAAUUUGAUAAUGUCACCUGACCACCUAUUUCUUCAUUGUCAAAUGAUGCUUGAAAUGGCUUGCUGCUUCUUACUUAACACAACUGAUUUUAAAAGCUCACAUUUAUUUUUUGAAAGUUAUUUCUGUAACCUGAUCCUGGUAUUCCAGAACAAAAGCUAAAGAGAAGAAUCGUUCAGUGAACCAUUCACAUUUUAAACCCUUUUCUAACUUGUGAGAACUUAACAUUCAUUUCAAUUUUUAAAAGCUACUCGUGGUAGAAUCCAUUAUCUGACAAUAUUUGAAUGGUCAAUUGACCAUUCCUACAUUUUUUAAAAAUAGAUAAUGCUGGCUGAAUUUGCUGGCAAGCAGACUAACUUUCCUUUUACUCUUCCACCUUAGUCUGGCUCACUUUAUUGCUAAUCAAAGCUCUGAACUAAAAAAGAAAGAAAAAAGGUUAAUAAUAUUGUCUUGCAUACCUGUCUUCCCUACUAUGUUGAAAACAUUUGCUUCUGUAGUUUGCUAUUACUGUAGAUAGAUAGAUGAUAAAUAGAUACACACAACAAUCACACACAUCUUAAACAUUUCUUUUGUUUUACAGUUAUUGAAGAGACAACUAAGUCACCUACAAAAACUACAGGUAAGACUGGGUUUUUUUAAAAAAACCUCAGGUAAAAUUACAAGCAUCUGUGCUAUCCAGAACAUUGAGCCAAACAUUCUCCAAAAAGAACUUCUGACUCAAAUUUCUAGGAGUGGGAUUGAUGCAAUAACUGGGACCAUAACAAACCCUCAACUCAGCAUCUUUCAGCAUAGCGGUCUGUUCCUUCCUCUUCUGAAUUGUUCCACUAUUCUAAGGUGGUCAUUUUGCUUUGAGGGAUCCCCAACUCCCAGUGAAGUAAUGUCUCCAGUAUUUGUUUGUUUAUUUUUUCAGGUAUCUAUAUACUGUAUACUAUAUACUAUAUACUACAUACUGAAGAAGUGUGCAUGCACACAAAAGCUCAUACCAAUAACAAACUUAGUUGAUCUCUAAGGUGCUACUGGAAGGAAUUUUUUUAUUUUGUUUCUAUAUACUGUUUAAUAUUCAGAAUUUCUAAGCCAUGUGCAUAAUAUGUAUUUCUAAGUACUCUCAAACUGCCUCUGCUCUGCUAUAUGCAUUUUUGUAAACGUUGUUUGAUUAGAGAACUGCAUCACAAUAUUCAGAUAGAUGUGAAUUCCAAAGGAUAGCUGUGUUUCAGUUUGUGUGUUGUUCUAGAAAGUGUAUUUGGUAGGUUCACCUUUAUAUGUGAAAUCAAAUUUUCCCCAUGUUCCUACCACAUCCAGGCAGGCAGAAAUCAACAACUGAACCCUCUUCUACCAUAAGCUCUUCAGUUUAUGUAGGCACUAAUACAUUUCCCUACUGGGGAAAAAUGAUGGCAACUCUCCUUUCUUCUGAAAAAACUGCUACUAUGAAGCAGGACAGUUGAGGAGUGGGUGAGAGAUCUCGUUGUAAUGGAGUAUUCUAUAGUGUUUCACAUGUAAGAUGGAAGCGCAAAAGGCAAAUCAUCUUUUAUCUGCAGAUGCACAGAAUAAUAGUAUCCUGUUUAAGAAGUAGUGCAAAGACAACUGGGGGAAGGUAUACUAUUGCCUUGACAUUUUGGGGUUUUUUCAGUUGCAUUGCAACAUCCAAACUUCUUUGGGGCUGGAUUCCUUCACAGCCUGCCAAAGCUAUUUUCUUUUUUAAAAAAGGGAUGUACUCCUAUUUUAAGAGGAAUCUGAGCUACUCCAGUGCAUCUUUUUUGCUUCUGCGUCCCCUUCCCUCCUUGCAGUCAGGUGACCAUUUCAUUGGCUGGUAGGUUUUCAGCACACUAUGCUUAUGUGCAGAAAAUACCACCCAGACAUCCCUCCUGUUCUUACAAGGGGGUUGUCACUGGUUUGCCAUAGUAUAUAGUAUUCAGUGUUGUCUAUUAUAUUUUUAAUAUAUAUUACAUUUUUCCCCAUUGGCAGAGCAAGAAGAUAGUUCUGCAUCAGAACGUGGCAGAGUUAUAAAGGUGGUUUUCCCAGUGUUCAUCCUCAUCCUCAUUGGUGCAGGCAUUGCACUUUAUAUUGUCUACAGAAGAAGACUUCAACAACAACAAACUACUGGUAGCUUUGACAACGCCUUGUAUCAUGACAAUAGGAUUCUUAUUCAGAAUAAUGAGUCAGAAGUAUACGUGGAGGACAAAGGAAUGUAA